AUGGGUGAGGUGCUGGUCAACAAGCUCAACGAGCUCAAGGCUCUACCUGACGACCUUCACCUUUUUUGCCCCCGCACGACUUCUGAUCCUUUCGGCGUUUACCUUGACGAAGAUCUUCUUGGCCAACUUGAUGACGAAACUGUGGCGGAGAGGCAUGAGCGACACAAGCAGCUGGAAGAGGCAGAGUUUAGGAAAAAUCUCGUCCUAGAUUGCCUUCCCAUCUUCGCUUUUGAUGGCGCCGACGCGGCGGGAUACCAGCAAUGGCUCAAGGAGAAGCUGAGCCAUGCCAUGGGCUCAUGCGAUGCGUGCAUCAGGAUAUAUCACAGGGCACGGAACGAGUUGAGGCAUAAGCUCGAGGAGGACUACGACUCUGACGAAGUCGCAGCUUUCAUGGGUGUCUUUGACGGCAUGAACCUGGAACGGAUCACUGCCGGCCUUGACCACGCGACUGAGCUCCUGCUGAGCACGCCGGAGGAGUCGCGCGGCAUCAGAGCUCUGGAUGACCAGGGCAUGUAUGCUCUCUUUGAAUCUCUCAGCUGCGAGCCGCUCCUCAAGAACGAGGCGCUGCUGACGAAGCAUUUUGACGAGCCCUUCGCCCUCGUACAGACCAAGAAGAAGCUGCGGCUCGGUCAGUACUCGCCGGCCAUGACGCGCUUCCUUUUCAGCUACAACAAGGACCGCUUUGUCUGGGCCUUGGGUUCGUGGUCCAAGUUCAAACGCGGCAUCACCAAGCCGGAGUUUGCUGCUGCAGUCCGUGACCCCCUCUUUGACGCCAUGAAAAGGGUACAGAUCGCGUGCAUGGAUGUUGAAUUUCUGCCGACUUUCUGGAUGGGUGUUCGCCAAAUUGUGGAGAAACUUGACAAGGACCUCAUCACCCACUCGCUUCGCGCCAUCGAGAUCGACGUGUGCAAGCUCGCCCUCGAGCACCUGCAGUUCAAAUUCUCGGGGUUCAAUGAUCUCAUGGCGACCGUUCAGCAGCUUCUCGAAAAGUCGGCUGUUGACUUCUGGGAUGCCAUGGGCCCCAUCUCACCGGUAACCGUCAUUGAGCAGAUCUUGGGCAACCAGACCUUGGAUUCUCUUCUGCUCAAUGUGGAAAAGGGAGAUGGGACGCUAGGCGAGGUGUUCGGGUGGGUCGAGCCGUUCUUCCAUUCAAUCAAACCUGCAAACCAGACGCCCGCCUGUCGCGCACUCGUCCACCAGCUCCUGGAUCGCUUUCAAAACGACAAGUACUCACGCCUCUCGCGAGCGUACUCUUAUCAGCUUGGUCUACACACUCUUCUGCAGUCAUUGCGAAAGAUGACCGAAACUGACUCCCGCUCGAACUUUGUUGGAUACGCGACCGUUUCGGACAUGCUUGAUUUCGUCAAGGUGCACAUUGAGGACAUCCUGGCUACCAUUAGGGUGAACAGGAGUCUUCACCAAGAUCAGCAAAUUGUCAAACUCGGUCUACAGGUGGUUCAGGAUACUCUCCAGCUCGACUGUCUUUCCUUGGAGAUGGACAGGGAGACCCUCCUACACGGGGGACACCUACACCACGAUAUGAAAAGUGGGAUAGCACCUGUCUGGGACACCGUCAUCAAGUCGAUCCAUCCUGGUGAUGUCGACCUCGCAACCAAGGUGCUGAUGGGUGGAAGUCUUCUCGUCGGCAUGGAGAUGUUUGUUGUCAAGUCCAGCGUGCAGAUGUCGAAGAGCAUGGUCUGGUGGAACAGCACCUUUUCCAAGCUGUCGGAGGCUGUGACCGAUGUCCUCGGGAAGCUCUCCGAUUUUGCUCCCGGUGAUCUCGACAAACUCUUCGACUCAAGUGACUCUGCACAUGCAGUCAUAAUCCACCUAUUCUCUUCCGAUGAAACGCCGCGUCAGGCUGCCCUGAACGUCGUCAAGACGGUCAGCGCCGAAACCAGUCGCCGGGAUGCUCUCGCCCACAUCACUAAAGCUUUCUACUUGAACACCCUCACGCCCAUCGUACAAACUUUACGACGUGUGUCCAAGAAGCAGGUGUUUGCACCAACCGAGAACCUGCUGAAGAUAUGCACCGACAUUGUGGACAUCCUUUGUAACCCUCAGGACGGUAUUUUGAGAGCACGCAGUUUGACGGUCAAAGAAGCGGAGGUCACGGAGCUGGUCUGGGCAAAGUUGUGGCACGAGCUUUACACCAUUUUCUCCAAGACUGAAGACUGGAGCAACGUUGGCCACGGCACACAAGUCAUGAUCCAAUUUUGCCGUGACACCAUGCAGUUUGCGGACGCAUUGUAUGAUGAGUACAGCCAUUUCGCCAAUGCACUGAGUCAAGCAGAAGGGAAAAACGUGCAAGACGGCGAACUGUCCAAGUCGGAUAUUGCCAAGAAGCUCCUCAACUGGCCCAAGACCACCAUGGGAGGCAUCACUGGAUGGCUACGCCUGCGUGAUGAAUACCUCAUCAACAAAUCAGUGGCGCUCACCAGCAAGCUUCUCGUUCGCUUGAGGGAUGCAGACAUCGACAUUGCUGAUGAUACCCGACUUUUCAUUGAAGAAGCCUUGAAGGGUGCUAUCAAAACCAAAUUGACCCCUAAUCAGCAAGCUGAGCUUGAAAGAGCUCUCGAAAAGCAUAUUGGCUAUUCACUCAGGAAGGAGGUGAAGCUCCCAACUAAGGCUAAACAAGGCUCAAUCAGCGCGUGGGCAACGAGCGGCACUGGCAAGUCUUCUCCGCUCAGCUCAGGCACCGAAGAGUCCGAUGGCAUUAAGAAGCUUGUCACCGAUAUCACGCCCGGCGCCGCAGCGUUCAGGGAGCGGCAAAAGGCCGUCCAGCAACAUGCGAUUCAGAUGAGGAAGGCGGCUGUUGUCCCAGAUAGGAGCGACUACUUGAAGAAACGCGAGCUUGAGAAGGAGGAGAUGAAGAGGAAGAGGCAACUUGAAAUCCAGAAGGCCAAGAAGCCCCUGCCUUUCAUUGGUCAAACAGCAGAGGGCGGGUCAGGUACUCGCGGAAUUGGUGUUGUGGGCAAAGACCACACCGCCAAGGGCGAGGGCGUCAUGGUCUCGUCCGAUGAGAGUUCAGACGAUGACGAUGACGAGAUUGACGAAGAGCUUUUUGGCCCGUCGGCGAAGGAAAAGAAGGCCCCCAAGGCGAGGCUACCCCUGAUACCCCAGGGGCCGGUCAAGAAGAAGAGGGUCCAGCGGUCGUUCAAGGAUAUGCGGGCACGGUUGGCGCCAGAUCUGUCAAACUUGCAUAAGAGUAUUCUCAGCUGGGAUUACUUCCACGAGGGCGAUUUCCCGCCAAACUCCCGGACCGACAUUUACACAAAAGUUCCCAACAAAUUCAACUCGCCGUUCGACUACAAGAACACGUUCCAGCCGCUCCUUACGUUGGAAGCGUGGCAAGGUUUCGUCAAAGCUCGCGAGGAAGGAACUUUCAGACCGUUCGAGGUGAAGGUCGUCACUCGUUCUACUGUUGACCAAUUUAUCGAGCUCUCCACGAACAUGUCUCAUGCAGACAACAAGGAGAUCAUGAUAUCCGAAGGAGACAUCUGCCUCCUAUCUAAAGCUCCCAGACCUGCUACUACACCUGAUGCGCCGAAUUGCUUGGCCAGGGUUUACCGCAUCACCCGCAAGAAAGCGCAGCUUGAAAUCUUAUACCGCCUUUCGAACGACUCGCGUCUAGGUGGGUCCCUUGCCCCCCACAGCGUAGUGUACGGAGCCAAAAUCCAGUCCAUAACGCCACUUGAGCGUGAAUAUGGCGCCCUGGCGGGUCUGCAGUACUACGACCUUUGCGACGAAAUCUGCAAGGCCAAACCUUCACCACUCCUGAACUACAACGACAAGCAGCUGCAGCAAUACAAGGAGACAUACAGUCUGAAUAGGGCACAAGCAAAGGCAGUAAGGUCGGCAAUUGACAACGACGCCUUCACGCUUAUUCAAGGUCCUCCGGGCUCGGGUAAGACGAAGACGAUUGUCGCAAUUGUUGGUGCCCUCUUGACGGACAGCCUUCGGAACGGUGGAGGAACAGUCAUCACCAAACCUCAGCCCACAGGCGUAAACACCGCAGCAGCUCGUAACAACUUACCGGCCCCGAAGAAGCUGCUUGUUUGUGCGCCGAGUAAUGCUGCUGUGGACGAACUCGUUAUGCGUUUCAAAGACGGCGUCAAGACAACAAACGGCCAGCAUCGCAAAAUUUCAGUUGUAAGAUUGGGACGUAGCGAUGCCAUGAACGUGAACGUCAAGGAUGUGACGCUAGACGUGCUUGUCAACGCAAGGCUCAACAUCAAUCCUGAAAAGGAUGGAAACAACGCGUACGAGCAAACGGGCAAGAUCAUGAAAGAGCACAAGUCGGUUUCGGAGAAGCUCAACGAGACACGCGAGAAGCUGGACUCGGGCGAACUGAAAGGCGAAGCUUUGACUGCUGUCAAGGAAGAAUUUGACGCCCUUCGUCGCCACAAGUUCAACUUGGGCAAUCAGAUCGACAAGUUGAAGGAUGCCGAGGUCGCAUCCAGCCGUACAGCCGACCUGAACAGGAAACGGGCGCAGCAGGCUAUUCUGGAUGAGGCCCACGUCAUCUGUGCGACGCUGAGCGGUUCGGGUCACGAAAUGUUCCAGAACCUGAACAUCGAGUUCGAAACCGUUGUCGUUGACGAAGCCGCCCAGUGCGUGGAGAUGAGUGCCUUGAUUCCUCUCAAGUAUGGCUGUGCGAAGGCUAUCUUGGUCGGCGAUCCCAAGCAACUGCCUCCCACUGUGUUCUCGAAAGAGGCGGCGCGCUUCCAGUACGAGCAGAGUUUAUUCGUUCGCAUGCAAACAAACCAUCCCAACGACGUCCACCUGCUCGACACGCAAUAUCGUAUGCACCCGGAAAUCAGCUACUUCCCCUCUCAGACGUUCUACGAUGGCCGCCUACUCGAUGGCGACGGCAUGGCAAAGUUGCGCGUACAGCCCUGGCACAGCAGCACACUUUUGGCGCCCUACCGCUUCUUCGAUGUCCAAGGCCAACAUCAGGCAGCACCGAAGGGCCAUUCGCUCAUAAACAUUGCAGAAAUCGAUGUAGCAAUGGCGCUGUACAAUCGCUUGACGACUGAUUUCAGAGACGCUGCGGAUUUGCGCGGCAAGAUCGGCAUCAUCACCCCGUACAAGUCGCAACUACGAGAGCUCAAGGACCGCUUUUCGCGCCAGUACGGCGAGAGCGUGUUCGAAUACGUUGAGUUCAACACGACGGACGCGUACCAAGGUCGCGAAAGCGAGGUCAUCAUUUUCUCGUGCGUGCGUGCCAGUCCAGCGGGCGGCAUCGGUUUCUUGCAGGACAUCAGGCGUAUGAAUGUUGGUCUCACGCGCGCCAAGAGCUCGCUGUGGGUACUGGGCAACUCGCAGUCGCUCGUACGCGGCCAGUUCUGGAAGUGGCUGGUCGAGGACGCACAGAAGCGCGGCCGCUACACUCAGGGCAACGUCAUGGCGAUGCUGAAGAAGCACAGCAAGGAGUUCCCCGCGCCGAAUGGCGCGUACGACGGACCGGUCACGAACGGCAUCCAGCCGAUCAAGCGCGAGGAGCUGCCGGCGCCGCAGAUCAAACAAGAGUCUGGUGGACGGAAGGGCAGCAGUAGCGCGAGCUCCGAGGGCAGCAGAAGCGACGUCAAGACCAAGGAGAAGAGCGUCGUGGAUGACGAUUGGGGCGAGUUCUUCGGCGAUGGCGCGGCCGCCGAGCAGGACGGCGAUGAGGACGUAGUCAUGAAAGAGGAACCGAUGCCGGACACGGUCAGCAGGUCACGCCCCAGCUCCUCAAGACAGAGUUCCGAAGCCUCGGCCGCCACCGCCGAUCGGCCUCCGUCGAGAGCGAGCUCGGCAAAGGGCAGUGGUGGAAGUGGAGGAGUACCGGCCAGGCCCAAGAUGGUGCCGUCGAAGGUAGCCAAGAGGAAGGCGGAUCCGUUUAUGCCGAGACAGCCCCCGAAGAAGCCGCGGCCUUGA